AUGAGUUAUAAAGAUCCAAGCUCAGAAAACAGCUAAAAAGUGUUAUACAUUUACUAAAUUAUAUUAAAUUACAAUGAUUUUGUAAAGGAAUAUGCUUAACAAAAUAAUAAUUAAACAAUCUAUUUAUCCAAAAAGGCUAAAAAAGGCAAGAAGUUUUUAGCUAGACUUGAAGAUCUGAUAUUUAAAUAGGCAAUCAAAAUAUCAAAAGAGCAGUUUUAAAAAAAGUAUGAAAUAGAUUUUAGAGAUUCUUUAGGUUCUGGUAGCUAUGGAGAUGUCUAUAAAGUCAAAAAUAAGCACAAAGAAAUAAUCAAAAAUCAAGAUAUUUUAUCAAAUAUGCCAGAUUAUUAUGCGUGCAAAUAGAUUUGUGUUUCUGAAUAAAUGGAUAAUAUAAGCAGUAGCGCCUUCCAUGAGAUAGAAGUCUUAGAAAAAUUAAAAAAAUAUGACUAUGUUAAAAAACUAUAAAAUUAUAUUGUAUCAAACAGAUCAACUUACCUCAUUUUAGACUUAGCUGAAUCUAAUUUACAAGAAUAAAUCAAUUAAAAACAAGCUGAUCUUGAAUAAUUCAAUCAAGAAGAAAUAGUAAAAUUCUUAGUCUAAAUAGGUAAAACUUUAGCUUUAAUCUACUCAGAUGAAGGAAUAGUACAUAGGGAUUUAAAGCCAUCAAACAUAUUAAUUAGAGAAGAAAACUAUUAUCUUUCAGAUUUCGGAUGUGCUUAAGAAUUAUAUUAAUCAGAACAAUUUUAAAAUAAUAUAGCUUUUGGAACUCUUAAAUGGAUGUCUCCCGAGUUGAGAGAAAUGAAGAGAGAUAAAACAAUUAAUUUUUUUAAAAGUGACAUAUUUAGUUUGGGAAUGAUCUUGUUGUACAUGCUCACUCUAGCUGAUAUCUCAUAAGUUAAUUGUGAUGAAAUAUUUAAAUAAGCAAAAAUUAGAUUAAUGAAGAAUAUGUAUAAAGAUACUAAAUAUAGUUAAAUUAUUCUUUUAGUAAUAAAAAUGCUAGAAACCAAUCCUGACCAUAGACCUGAUUCCUCUAUUUUAAUAUAAACUAUUGAAGAAAUUCAAUCAUAACAUCAAAAAAAUUAAUGA